AUGAAGAGCAACAGCAGCCUGAAUCCUUUAUACAUUCAGUUCACUCUGUUUGCAGACUAUGGGCCCCUCAGAUAUCUCUUCUUUAUUCUGUGUCUGUUGAUCUACAUGACUAUAAUCUCUGCUAAUGUUGUCAUUAUUCUGACAGUCUGCCUGGAGAAGUCUCUGCAUCAGCCCAUGUAUAUUUUCAUCUGUAGUCUGUCUUUGAACUCUCUGUACGGCUCGGCCGGCUUCUUCCCCAGGUUUCUGUUUGACCUUCUGUCUGACACUCACUUCAUCAUACUGCCUUUGUGUAUUCUGCAGAUGUACGUUAUUUACAGCUAUGCAGCAUUUGAGCUGACUAUUCUCGGCAUCAUGGCCUAUGAUAGACUUGUUGCUAUUUGCCAGCCUUUACAUUAUCACAGUAAAAUGACGGUGAAGAAGGUGACACAGCUUCUAGUAAGUGCAUUUCUCUACCCUGCUGUUGGUUUAGGCUUCUGUGUUUAUCUUAUUGUUCGAUUACCGUUGUGUGGAAAUAAAGUUCACAGGGUUUUCUGCUCUGUGAUUCACCUCUCCUGUUUGGAAAGAAAUCUGAAUAACAAAAUGGGUAGUUUUUACCACCUAACAGCUUUCUUCACCCCCUUAUUCCUUAUCCUGAUCAGCUAUCUGCGUAUUCUGCUCGUUUGCAGGAGAAGCUCGUCUGAAUUCAGAGGAAAGGCGUUACAAACCUGCCUGCCUCACAUUGUAACAUUUGUAAACUAUUUCUUUUCUGUGUUCUGUGAACUUUUGCUGAGUCGGUUUCUAGCUGAUGACGUGAAUCCGAUUGUUAUUGUUGCUUUAUCUCUGGAGUUUUUGAUCAUUCCUCCCAUCACUAACCCUUUAAUUUACGGCCUGAGUCUGCCUCAGAUCAGACGACUGAUUUUAAGAUUUCUCCAAGUCCACAAAACUCAAAAAAUGAGCAAACUCCCAUGA